CGCCGCCGGAAGCGGCGGAAGGCUUUGGGGAGCGUACUCGGCGGGGCGGAAGUCGCUGAGCUGGACGGAGGUGGCGGCAGCGAGCGACGAUGAACAACAAAUUCGACGCUUUGAAAGAUGAUGAUAGUGGAGACCAUGACCAGAAUGAGGAGAAUAACACACAGAAAGACAGUGAGAAGGAAAAGAACGAUCGUGAGAAACCCCAGAGUACUACCAAGAGGAAGGCUGUUGUCCCAGGGCCAGCUGAGCACCCCUUGCAGUAUAAUUACACCUUCUGGUACUCCAGACGAACUCCCGGGAGGCCUACCAGCUCACAGAGCUACGAACAGAACAUCAAACAGAUUGGCACCUUUGCCUCCGUGGAGCAGUUCUGGAGGUUUUACAGUCACAUGGUACGUCCUGGGGACCUGACAGGCCAUAGUGACUUCCAUCUUUUCAAAGAAGGGAUCAAACCCAUGUGGGAGGAUGAUGCCAACAAAAAUGGUGGUAAAUGGAUUAUCCGUCUGCGAAAGGGCUUAGCAUCACGAUGCUGGGAGAAUCUCAUUCUGGCAAUGUUGGGAGAGCAGUUUAUGGUGGGGGAGGAAAUCUGUGGGGCAGUCGUCUCUGUCCGAUUCCAGGAGGAUAUUAUCUCGAUAUGGAACAAGACAGCCAGCGACCAGGCCACGACAGCACGGAUCCGCGAUACGUUACGAAGAGUGCUCAACCUACCUCCCAACACCAUCAUGGAAUAUAAAACACACACCGACAGCAUCAAGGAUAAUUCAAGCUUUCGAAACACAAAAAUCACAUUGUGAGAACAAGAGUUGGCACUAAGCUGCUCUCUCCGUGUUGAAAGCACUGAGAGGUCUCCACCAGUGCCCUCCGACCUCUGAAGGGACUCAUGGGCCACUCUCGCACUCCGCCUUGGAGGAAGGAUCCAUACGAAGCCCUCCAGCUGCGGUGACAAUAGAGGCUGAUUUUGUCAUACACAAACUUUUUUUAGCAGUGGGGCGGGAGGACAACCUUUCAAUUAGCAGCGCGCCCUUGGGGCCGCAUCUUGCAGCACUUUCCUCUCUCUAUAUAUGACAUGCAGGAUCUCUGGGAUUCUGCCUCAACGUCAGAGCCUUUUGCUGAGGGAUACCAGUAUUAUAAAUCUCUCUGCAACUGGGAGGAGCUUCCCAGUGGAGAGUCAGCCCUGUGGUUUUCAAAUGCCCCCUUUCAGCUCUGCCAAUAAAUUAUUGGGUCUCUUUGUUUC